GACCGGGCCAAAAGGCCCCGCCCUCCGCCCGGUCGAGACUGAAGCGCAGAGGCGCCGCGCAGCCGCUCGCGCCCGUGACUCCACGUACGCCCCGCAGGCCACGCGCUCCGUCCGGCCUCCAGCCAGCGCGAGCGUUACCGCUCCGGCCUCGGCUCCGCCGCGAGCCACGCCACGCGUCCCCCCUGUCACGACAUGUGUCCUGCCGGGCGGGCGGCGUGCCGUGUCCGCGCUCCCGAAACUGCCCCUCCCCCUCUCUCACUCCUCGAAAGCAAAAGGGCGGAGCGGGGGCCCCCGGGGACGAGCAAAUUAUUUUUGUUGCGAGGGCGCGUCUCCUUCCUCCUCUCCGUGCGAGGCAGCGGCGACGGCGAGCGGACCGGAACAGCACAUCGCCGGCUCUACAUCAAUGGCGUCCACCUCCCUCCUCGGCUGCGCAGUUCUCGCUCUUCUCUGACGAGCGCGGGAGCUUCCUCUGACCCGAGCAACGACACCGUGCGGGAGCUUCCUCUGUCCAGUGACCAGUUCCUGGCUUCGCCGGCGAUGGAGGCCUACUCGAGGGACCUGCUGCGCGGCGUCGGCGGGGGAGGCGAGGCCGGUCGCGGCGAGGAGAAGCCGGGGCGCCUGGAUUCGCAGACCGAGGAGGUCGAGCUUAGCCUCGGCCUGUCGCUCGGGGGCCGAUUCGGGCAGGAGAGGAGGAGGGGCGAGGGGCUCGCCAGGUCCUCCUCCGUCGCCUGCAUCCAGCAGGUGGCGCUGGCGCCGCCCGCGCUCCCCAGGACACACUCCCUGCCGCCUAUGGCGGAGGCGGAGGCGGGGAACACCACCGCUUCCCCUAGGAGCGGCGCUGAGGUCCAGCCGCAGGGGAGUGGUGCCCCUCUGAACGGCGCCGUGGUGGAGCCCGCAGCUUUGCCACGGGCGAGCUUGAGCCCCCCGUCCACAGGCUCGUCGGACGGCGAAGGGAAGCUGCGGGCGAGCUUGAGCCCCCCGUCCACAGGCUCGUCGGCCGGCGACGGUAUCCUCACGAGGACAAGUUCACUCCCUGCUGGCAUCGAGGAUGGGUGGAGGAAGAGGAAGCUAGCAGAAACUCUGAACAAACUCGAGAUGAAGAGGAGGAUUGAGAGGAUGAACUCUUCCAACGUUUCUGUAGGGGAAGUUGGAGAGAACGCAGAUGAGAUGAGUGAGCAGGCAGGAGGAAAGCAAAAAGCACAGAGAAUGAACCAUAGCAAUGUGAGGCGUCGCUUGAGUGGGCUUCCUCCACCGUAUCAGCCUCCAGCUGCAUCACAAGGUCCGAAAAGGAAUUCCGCUUUGAAAGGAACUCCUGGCGCUCUAGAGCGGAGCCUGUCAUCGGCUGUUCUGCCCUCGUCUGAGGGUGCAAACAGCGGCGCCGUGACAACCCCUUCAUCUUCAGCAUUGGCGGUGAGAGCAGCAGCCCCUGGCAUCUCCACAGGGGAGCAGCGGGAUGGUUCAGAAAGGCCGGCGGCGAGAGCUACUAGGACCAGGAGCGUGGCAGACAUGGUGCGGAAGAUGCCAGUGGUGUACACCAGCGGGCUCCCCAACGGCGAGAGGAUCGACGGCUUCCUGUACCAGUACAGCAGAGCUGAGGAGGUGAGGAUUGUGUGUGUGUGCCAUGGUAGCUUCCUGACUCCGGCGGAGUUUGUGGCGCAUGCCGGAGGCGGCGAAGUCGCCCACCCGAUGAGGCACAUCGUCGUCAACCCCCCGUCGUCUUCGCUCUAGACCGGCGCGCGCGCGCAUGCGGGUCGCGCAAGUGCUCCGCGUGUGGCCUCAGCAGCCCUAAGCUUAGCUUGGAACUAGAAAUCUCAUCGUGAGAUUGCAUUUUAUGUUUUACAGACUGCACAUUACAGUACUUACUUAUUAUCCUGAACUGGAGACAUGGUGGGAGAUUUGCUCCUACAGACAACUAAAUAGCAAACAUAUGACAGAUUGAACAUUACUCGUUGUUCUGGUGAUCA